AUGCUGACUCGCCUGGGUCCGGCCAUCAAUUCGGGUCGAGGUAUGUUCUUGUUCGGCUACCCAGGAAACGGCAAAACGAGUAUCGCGGAACGAGUGACCAAGUGUUUUGGAGAUAACAUCUGGAUUCCUCGCGCUUUGGGAAUCGAAGGCGAAAUGUACGUGUGUUCGAUCCGAAUCACCACACCGAAGUUCCUUUUGGCGAAAGCACGGUCUGUGGCCGACGUCAAAUAUGAUCGACGUUGGGCGUACAUUCGACGUCCCACUAUCAUCGUCGGUGGCGAAUUGACCAUGGAGCAAUUAGAACUCCGUUUGAAUACCAGCACCAAUGUCAAUGAAGCUCCGGUUCCCUUCGAUCAGCUGGUUGUCUUCUCGACCAACUUGGAGCCGAAAGACCUGGUAGACGACGCGUUCCUUCGCCGAAUUCCUUAUAAGAUUGAAGUGGAAAAUCCAUCUGAAGAAGAAUUAUUGAACUCUUCAAAAUCAUGUGCCCACUGA